AUGAAGCUCUUCUCCAGGGGCCAGUGCCGUCAGAGAAUUCUCAGCCGCGGUGAAACCUUUACAGCGAGAAGUGAUGAAAAAAAGCUUUCUUCGGGCUCCGCGCUGCCUGCUCUGCACUACACACACGUAGAGGAGAAACGUGCAGACCGUCUGCAGCAGAUGGUCGCUGGGAAUCUGCUGCAGCGCCGCCAGGCUGUACGUACACCCCAGCGCGAAGGCAAGCAUGCGCUGAAAGGCGGCGGGCGCGUGCGUCCGCUGAAAGUGGGUUUCGAGGCCUCCCAAGUAGGCGUGAACGAAGGAAAAGGAGAGCAGAGACGACAGCGAGAACGGGCCGAGGAAGAAUAG